GGCGGAGCUGACGUUGCUGGCUUUGUUUAUCACAAAGCCAUAGAGGGGAAAAAAUGAAAGCCAGUUCUGUAAAGCCCAGAGAAUGCAGACUCACAGUCUUCCUGCUGUUACUGAUGAAUUCAAGACUAUGCUGCCCCCAGGAGACCCACACACUGCGCUAUGACUUCACAGUCCGGUUUCCGGAGGACUCUUGGGAGCCCCUGUCCCCGAUCCUAGUAUACGCUGACGAUGAGCUCUUCCUGCGCUACAAGGGGGACAGCAGAAGAGCAGAGGCCGUGGGGCCCAAGAUCAAGGGACACACAGGAGCUGAGAACUGGGCAAGAAAGACUGAGGACCUGCAGAGAAAGGAGGAGCAACUCAGGAGGAUGCUGGCUGCGGCCACAAAGCAGCUGGGCCAGGAGACAGGCCUUCACACCCUCCAGGAAACCUUGGGCUGUGAGCUUCAGGGAAACCAGAGCACUGGAGGCUUCUGGCGCCUGGGCUACGAUGGGCAAGACUCCCUCACCUUUGACCAGAAGACUCUCACAUGGACAAUGACUGUGCCCUCCACCCAGCAGACCAAGGUGUUCUGGAAGACACAUGCACCCAGAGCUGAUGAAUUUAAGACUUUCUUGGAGGACAUAUGUCCUGCUCAGCUCCAGGGAUAUCUGGCUUUCUUGAAGAACUUUCCACCGGAUACAGGCCUCCCGGAGGUGAAGGUGACCAACAGGACAUACCCAGUGGGCAGGAUCACCCUGACAUGCUGGGCUUUUAAUCUGUAUUCUCGUGAGGCCACCCUGGCCUGGCUUCAGGAUGGGAAGCAGGCACAGCAGCGUACCUUUGGGCCUGGGACCGUCCUGCCCAGUGGGGACGGCACCUACCAGACCUGGGUGUCCAUCUGGGUUCUUCCUGGACAGGAACCAGAGUUCACCUGCCGCCUGAGGCACCAAACCCAUGACAUCAAGGUCCCUGCUGCCCCUGGGCAUGCUGCUGAGUACAUUCAUGAUGCUGCCAUCUCCCAAGCCGCCUCAGCUGUUUCUGCCCUCCCCAUUGUGUUGGUGGUGGUGCUGGCCAGAGCCAACUGAAGCCAGAACACAAAGAACAGAAAACUACCGGAGGGACUAACAAUUGGAGGCCCCAGUAAGAUCAAGACUCCCAACCCAUAUUCUGAAGCCAGACCUUCACUCCAGGACUCCAGGACUCCAAUGCUGCCUUGGAAGGGCCCUUAAUGCCCCGGAGGAGCAGCGAAGUUUCCCCCAGUCAGCCUUCACCCAGACGUGCAGAGCUCUGCCAAGGCGCCUUCCUCUGGCCUGCAUCACCAGCUACAGAGCAUGAAACUGUGGAUCUGUGAACAUCUGAACAUCUCGUGUUCAGAGCCCUUGUUCCUCCAACAGGAGGGUGGAACACACGGUAGGUGCUCAGUAAAUAAUACAGGAUGUUGUUUAAAUCAGCAUUGCCUCCAGCUCAAACCUGAAUCUCCCCCACAAAGUAAGGAUUCUCUUGAGAACCAGGAAAUACGUCUGCCCCAACUUCUGGAUCAGACUCAGGACCCGAAGACCCAACGUGGAGAAGCUCCUGUUCAAGCAGCAGUUAACCUCCGUCCAGAACCUGCACAAGCCCCGUUCCUGAAGUAGUGAGCAAGGGGGUCAGGUGAAACCCGAAAGCUCCCUGCUCUCUGGGUCUGGGUGGGACGGCAGGAAUGGGGAUUUGAACAGUAGGAAGCGUGUGAGCUGUGAGUUAGGAACCGCGGGCAGAUUCAUCCAAAGACUCCACAUUCCUGGACUGAAAAUGCUUAUGGUUUUUUGUUUGUUUGUUUGGAUGUGUAUGAGUGUUUUGCCUGCAAGGGUGAGUGUAGGUGCACCACAGGUGUAUGCCUGGUGCCCACGAAGUGGAGGACAUUGGAUCCCCUGGAACUGGGGUUGCAGAUGGCUCUGAGCUGCCAUGUGGGUGCUGGGAACCAAACCUGGGUCCUCUGCAAGAGCAACAAGUGCUCUUAACUACUGAGCCAUCUCCCAAUGGGCAGGAUUUUUAGCGUGUCCAAGAAUUCUUCACCCCCACCAGGACUUUGAUGCUCACAGCAUAGGGCGUCAUUAAAGAAGAAGAAGAACUUUUAAACA